AUGCUUCUGUUGCAUCUUUCCUUGCACCGCAGUUUAAAGGAUUUCAAGGAAUUUGCGGAUGCCAUCGAUGCCGUUAAAGACAACGGAGUUGCUGUUGUUGUGGCAUCACCGGACGAUGUCGAAACCGCCAACAAGGAGUGGUCGAGCUUUUUUGAAGUGAAGAGAGCCCAUAAGAAUUGCUUGGAUCCCAAGAAAAUCCCCCGACUCCGAGCGGACAUCCCGGUGGGAUCCCGGCCACAUCCCAUUCAUCUCUACCAUCAUCAUGCAUACAUCUCCAGAGUUCCCUCCGCUCCUAUACAAGGACAAUGGACUUCCGGUCUUUGCCAUUGUUUCAACGACCCCGUAAACUGUGUGAUUACUUGUGUGUGUCCUUGUAUCACUUUCGGACAGAUAACGGAGAUCAUCAACCGCGGAUCUAAAACUUGCGUUUCGAGGGGAGUUUUGUUUGGGAUGUUGGCUAUGGUGGGAUGUGCAUGCUUCUAUUCAUGCUUCUACCGCUCAAAGCUAAGGGGACAAUACGAUUUACAAGAGGAGCCUUGUACGGAUUGCUUGGUUCACUUCUGCUGUGCCUCUUGUGCCCUCUGCCAAGAGUAUCGAGAGCUCAAGAACCGCGGAUUUGAUAUGGGAAUCGGCUGGGAAGCCAACAUGGACAGACAGAAGCGAGGAGUUACAAUGGCUCCCAUCGUGGUUCCCGGGAUGGCAAGAUGACCCCUCAUCGUGCUUCUCUCGUGUCUCCGUGAUUAUCACCGUCGGUUAUAUCGUAUUCUUACAGUGGCUCCGACCUUUCGUUUAUGUUACUGACACGGUAACGAUGAUGUUUUCUUUCUCGUCUUGCAGCCUACUACCCUACCUCCCCCUUACCUCAUUGUAUAUGUGAAUAGGGUGUUGUUGUUGUUGUGUAUGCUUAAAUAUAUUCUCCACAUGAUAGUUCUUGUGUAACACUUUGAUUUUCCGACAAGGAUUAAAUUCUAAAAUUAU